CUUCCUGACAAGACAUCACACAAGCUCUAUGGAAAUUGGACAGGAGUUAUCCCCACCUUAAUCAAACCUCUCUUAACUUAUCUUGCAAGAACUUUCAGACAACCACUUGAGAAGUUGCAUCCUAUCAUAUCUGCAUGCAUUACUAGUUCAUGUGCUCAAAAGUGCACAACCAUUGUUUGCCUCUUCUUUGACCAUAAGUGUAUCCAGGCUUCUUGUCAUUGA